AUGAAAUCCAUUUCCACCUCCCUCGUCUUGGUCCUGUGCUUCUUGACCACCAUGAUUGAAGGUCUCACCCGUUACCAAACCACACCCCCAAGCGACGCCAUCGUCUGCCAUGACAGACAAGCUCUUAACGACCUGGCCAAGGCCUACCCGGACGGGCUUCUUCACCCCGAGAACGGAGGCUACUACCUGAAGGAUGGGGAUGAAGUCGUCGUUGGCAUUGCCAGCGACGAUCUUUGCAAGGAGCUGGACGGUGCAUUCGCUAGCGUCGAUGCAAAAAUUGCCGAAGAAGCUGAAAGCGCUGGACCCGAAGAUAAUAUUUCUGAUGCUGAAAAUGUCAAGAGAGAUAGCCUAUAUAAAGCUAGCGUAGGGGGGAAAUCAUCAGUUAUUAAGAGGAGUCUCGGCGAACGAGAUACUCAGGUUGACGAGCAAUCCUCUGGUCAAGAUUCCAUCUGGAAAGAUGUGUACCGUACCGUCAAUAAUUGGGUCGAUGAGUAG